UCCGGUCACUUCCUUGUUUUGUGGAAAAGUUUUAUUUUGGAAAGUCUCUGCUCUUUCUCGAUCAUGAAUUUGCGCUAAAUGGUUGGAAAAAAGGGUGUGAAAUGGACUUUAGGGAGAAGUUUCCCCUGCACUGGCUGGUGUGGGAGAACAACUACAGACAGCUGGAAAACCAAAUACAGACGCACAGUGUGGAGGACGUGGACCCGAGAGGACGAACCCCGCUGCAUUUAGCCGUGUCUCUGGGUCACCUGGAGUCGGUCCGAGUGCUGCUGAGACAUGGAGCCCAGGUCACCAAAGAGAACGCCAAGAACUGGACCGUGCUCCAGGAAGCGGUCAGUACCGGAGAUCCGGAGAUGGUGCAGCUGGUCCUGCAGCGGCGUGAUUACCUCAAAGCCUCCACGGCUCUGGCAGGAGUCCCCGAGUUACUGUGCAAGAUCCGAGAGUCUCCAGACUUCUACAUGGAGAUGAAGUGGGAGUUCACCAGCUGGAUCCCGCUGGUGUCACGCGUGUGUCCGAGCGACGUGUGUCGUAUCUGGAAGAGCGGCACGAGCCUGCGAGUGGAUGCCACGCUGCUCGGGUUUGAGAACAUGACGUGGAUCAGGGGGCGGCGGAGCUACAUCUUCAAUGGAGACGAGAGCUGCGCUGAGCUGAUGGAGGUGAACCAUGACGACGAGGUGGUGGACACGGAGCGCUUCGACAUCACGCGCGAGCUGGACGAGGUCACGCUUGACUCCAUGCAGCCUGACCAGCAGGAAGUGGCCAAGCGGCUGACCACACCCAUCAUCAACACCUUCCUCGACACCAAGGACAUCUCGUUCGAGAGGUGUAAAUCCGGGAUCUGGGGCUGGAGAACGGACCGAACUGAAGUGGUGAACGGGUUUGAAGCGAAGGUGUUCUCCGUCAACAACGUGAACGUGGUGAUUCGAACGAGGACGGAGCACCUCACCGACGAAGAGAAGGCCAGAAUCAAAAGUGAGCGGAACGUUCUGGAGUCUUUUCUCGGGACAGUAGAGCAGCAGAUCAGUGCUCAGGGGGAUUUAACUCUAGAGUACGCGACGGCGACAAACCCGACAGCCAUCACUCCAGAGGAGUAUUUUAACCCGGACUUCGACCUGAAGGACCGAGACAUCGGCCGACCCAUCGAGCUCACCAUCAGAACCCAAAGAUUUAAGGGGACGUUGUGGAUGAGCGAGGAGCACCCCCUCUCUCUGGUGGAGCAGGUGACCCCCAUCAUCAACCUGAUGGCUCGCACCAGCACCCACUUCGCCCGUCUCCGAGACUUCAUCCAGCUCCGCUUCCCCCCGGGCUUCCCUGUCAAGAUCGAAAUCCCACUGUUCCACGUGCUCAACGCUCGCAUCACGUUCGGAAACGUGAACAAGUGCAGCACGGAGGAGCCCGCCGACGCGAGCCAGUCAGCCGCUACACCUUCACCGACGGAGGAAAAGGAAAGCGAGAGCAGUGAAGCUUCAGGUGCCACUCCGUUCCAAGUGUCCCCCUCUGUUUUCAUGGUUCCUGCUCACUACCACCAGCGCGGGGGCAGCAGACACACACACACACCCCACCCCUCCAACCACGACGAGGAGCUGCUGCAGUACGCCAUCCACCGGAGCCUGCUCGAGUCCAACGGCUUCAGCACACAGAACCCUUGGGGUGACUCGAAUGGCGUUUCGACACCCAGCAUGGUAGAAAGCAUAAGUGAUGGGAACGUCUCCGAAGGCGUCCUCGUGGACGUGAGCGAGACCACGCCCACCAGCACGGACUCCGCCUCCAGCCCGGACUCCGACCUCCGACUGGCCAUGGAGCUGUCAGCCCGAGCACAGGAGGAAGAGGAGAGGAGGCGGAAGGAAGAGGAGGAGGAGCUGGAGAGGAUUCUGCAACUCUCGCUUACAGAGAAAUGACCAAAAGAAAAGAGAGAGAGAGAGAGAGAGAGAGAGAGAGAUGAUGGAAGGACAAAAGGGAAAGUCCAUUUCCUGUUUUGCAGCUUCGGAUCUCGUCGAUGGCACACGACCUCCACUUCCUGUUCUGCCAUGUAUUAUAUCAUGUAUCGUUCUGUUACGCCGACAAACGAUCCGUUCGCUAAGAAAAGAAUCGUCGCUCGUAGCCUAACCUUAAGAACACACUUUCACUCGCAAUCUAAAGACCACAAAAGCUUUUUUUUUUUUUUCCAGUUUUUUUGUUGUUUUUUUUUUUUUAUAAAUGAUAACACUUUCUGCUGUUAUUUUUCUGCCUUUCCUGAGACGACUCUGAGCUGCUUCACUGAGACUGUGUGAGAGAGUAACGUCUCUGAAAGGCCAAACACGGUGUCCGGGGGUGUGUGUGUGUGUGUGUGAGUGAGAGUCUUUAGGUCUGUGUGUUUGUGUGUCGUCUAAGUAUCAGAAUCGUAAAAAGCAAGCUCUAUUGAGUUUUACAUUAUCUCAGGGUUCUCAUGCGUUCCUUCUGCAACCUUGAAGACACAGAGGAGUUUUGAGACUAAAGAACGUUCCGGUAGCUCCUAAAGAACGACCACUUACAGCUCCAACCUCACACUUAGAUUAGACAUGAAUUAGGCACGGGCCGAUGAUCCGUGAUGUACUCUGAUGCACGGUGUAGCUGUUUUAACUUCACAGGAACUUGCCCGUUCCACAAACGGGUUCAAAUGUAACCACAAGCAGAUAAAAAAAAAAAAAAAGAAAAAAAAGUACGGCGUAGUUCAUUGAUGAAUAAGAAUUGAUAACUUGCUGCAGUAUAAGAGGAAUAAAACGCUUUGGGACAUGCUGUUCUAGGAAAAGAAUCAACUGUAGCUCGGCUUCAUCCCACACUGAUUAUUUUACUCUAACAGCACGACACGCUGCGUUUUAUUCCUUAUUAAUUAAACGCUGACGUUUCCUUGUUUUCUGCUUCUCAGAUGAAGUGCAUCCGUGAAGAUAGUCCAGUUUCUUCUUUUCGGUUCGGUUAAAAUCCCGUCUGAAGAGAAACGAUUAUUGUUGGUAAUGUUAUAAAUCAGAAGUCUAGGUAAGGAUUAUAGUGUAAUAUCGGCACGUCUAUUUCCGACGCAAGCUAAUAUCAGCUGAUCGACUGUAGCGUGAAGUAGGGUCCUUUUUUAUUUUCCAGCAUAGUUAGCCUGUUUAGGACACGAGCGCCUUGACUCCAAAAGCAAUACUGAAACCACCGUGCCUCUGCGAGUGACGCGGGACAGGAUUUACAGAUGUUCUGGCGUACACUUGAGCCUGAACUUUGCACCACAGCUUCAGGGUUUGGUGCUGAUUUCUAAUAAACUUUGUGGUACAGUAUUGGAAAUUUCUGACAAAGCAUGUCCCAUGGCUUGAAAUUUCCAUCGACUUCCUGUUUGACAGCUUUUUUUUUUUGACGUUAUCUGGCCUUAUGAGACUCUACGGGUGUCUAGUUUCUAUCUAGAGCGUUGGCUUGGCGUGUUAAGAUCCAUCACUGUGAAGAGGUUUCCAACUUUCCCUGCGUCCCCAUGCUGUGUGUGAACCUGUCCGACUUCCCCACACCACUCACUACUGGCCACUUGCAGCACGAGAGAAGGACGAGAGCGGAAACGGGAACAACGUAGCUGGAGACUUGGGGUCAGUUUGACAUCUUACAGUGCGUUACAUCGGCUCUCCGGGUCGUAGUCAGAGAUCGCAUCUUCAGUCCAAAAGUUACACCAGUAUUUACACAGGGAAAGUUCCUUGUAUUCAGAGUCUGGUUAUACGCACCCUUAACUAGAUUCUGCUCCACAAUGACAUUAUUGAAUUCGCCUGCGAGUAGUUCAUGCCUAGAAACAUCCGAGAUGGGAUUUUUCAAUAGCAGGUACCUUUUAAAAUCAGGGACAGAAAAUGCAGGCUGAAGAAGGAAAUGGUAGGAUUUCCCUAACCCCACCCCCCUGCUGUCAAAUGUAAUAUGAUGCAAUGAAGUCAAGAGACGAUCGCUGCGUGACCUACUUGUAAUUAAUUAUUACCUACUUGUAAUUACCACAUUGGGCAGUGGCGUUAAGACGUUGGAUUAAUGAUCUGAAGGCCGUGAGUUCAGCUCCCAGCGCUGCCAAUCUGCCACUACUGGGCCCCUGAGCGAGGCCCCUAACCCUCCACUACUCAGCUGUAUAAAUGAGAUAAACAUAAGUCGCUCUGGAUCAGGGUGUCUGCCAAAUGCCGUAAAUGUAAAACGUGUUUCACAUGAAUCACUGUACAUUCGGUUGAAUUGAACAAAAUGGCUUCCACGCUCAUGAUAUCAUUUUGCAUUAAAAUAAAAUUUCUAUACGCUUCUCCGACAGUUACUUGUUCGCACGAUGUAAUCGACCUACGCGAUAAGAAAUCGAGGUCGUGCGCAGGACAUAGGCUAUUUUGUCGCGCUGUUGGUUUGUUUUGUUUUUUUUAUUCGCAAUUUUUGAUCGAUUAAUAAUAAAGAAUAAUGCCAAAUUCAGAAUGCGGCCCUCAGACUGGACGGAGCACGUUGCUACAUAAACGAAUAAAAUGUGAAUAAAAUAUGUUGUACUUUUGAUAUAUUAAAGAUAUUAUUGUUCAGGUUGAAGUGCUAUGUUUCAGUAAGGGGGAUCUGACCUCACUUAAACCAAAACCAUGAGGUGAAGACAACAAGGGGGUGGUGAUGACUGUAUCCGGAUUGUACGUAGCCGGAUUGUAGCGCGGAUUUUAACUUCUACUGGUAUUGCAGCAAACAAGAAAGAAGACUAGCUCGCUCUCGCUCUCUCUCUCACGCACACGCACACACACACGCUGCUCUUUGUUAGGAAAAGUGAAAAAUCCUUCAGCAGUGUGAAUGUAAGCAGUAUCCUUAUUUUAUAACAGAGAAGCAUUAUGAUUUUUUUUUCUGUAAUUAAACCAUACAACUUGACUGUGAUUGUCAACAGUGUACAAGUAGUGUUCAAGAACUUUUUUUUUCCCAUUUCUGAUGGUUUCUUGGGUUUCUAAAGGAACUAAUUGCCAAACAUAAUGCGUUUUUACCAUAUCAGGGUUUAUCGAUGGCUAAUUUUCACAGCUAAUCAACUGUUUUUAUGAGCUGAGCGUAUGAUAAACUAUAUAGUCUGAUGGAGGUGGACAAAAAAAAACCUUUUCACUUAAUAAAAGCACUUUAUAUGACUUCAA